AUGGACACGACCGCAUUCUGUUCGACAUUUGACCCGUAUUCACUCGGUAUUGUUGACACAAUUGCCCAAGUUCUUCUACCGAGUAUUGUUGAUUCAUCCACCCACCGAUCUGUACGAGCUGAGCUUUAUAAACUCAACCUCUACACAAGCCCAUCGGGGAAAUUUAAGAAACACGUCGAUACGCCACGAUCUCCAUCACAGUUUGGAUCCCUAGUGGUUUGCCUACCUCUUGAGCACGAAGGUGGCCAACUCAAGGUUCGUCAUGAGGGCAGGGAGAUUACAUACGACUGGGCUACUAGCAGCAAGAAGCCCGACUAUGCGACUGUUCGCUGGGCGGCGUUCUACAGCGACUGUGAACACGAGAUUCUCGAGGUCACUAGUGGUCAUCGCCUCACCUUAACAUAUAAUCUGUACGCAGUGCGUGGGACAGGACGCAUGACUGGCGUGUCUCAGACACUUGAUAUCACACAUCUACCACUGUAUCAAGCUGUUUCAACUACCCUGAGCCAGGACCCUUUCGGCGGAGAAGGCGGCACAUUGGGGUUCUGGUGCUCGCACGCUUACGCAUUCAAUGACCCGAUAGAGACGCCGCUUCCGGAUACCCUCAAGGGUGUUGACGCAGCGAUUUGGGAAGUAUUUCAGAAACUUAAUCUCAACCCCACUGUGUCAGCUGUUAUUGAACUGGAAGAUGAAUGGCGCUGGUUCGAGGAUUGGGAAGAUAAUGAGCCCUCUGAAUCCGACGUUGAAGCUCAUCAACUUUGGGAGACGUCAGUGCCAACGAAACAAGUGGCUGGCAAGGCAUUCGGCGUCUUGAUCGAGCAGUAUUACCAGGAAUUACCAGAAGAUCAACGUUUGAACGAAAUAUUCACGUCAUGGGGCCGCUACUUGGAUGGGAAAACGCAAUGGCUCACGACACCAGUGACGAAAUCAGAGCUGCAGAUUGCAUAUGCGGCGUACGGAAAUCAAGCUACCGCCGAAACUAUCUAUUCUCAUUGUGCUAUUAUCGUAGAGUUUCCCGCAAAGGGGACAGCUUAG